AUGCCUACUUUUACAGCUAUUGCCUUAGAGAAUUUGCUGGAACCUGGAGUCCGAGAUUCCUGCAAAAAGCCUCCUAAGCCUAACCAUGGAGUGUCGAACGAUGAUAGCGAAGCAACUGAACGGAGAGAGGACUCGAGCGCGAAUCCGAGUGUUGGAGGCUCCAGGCACAUAUAUAUAUCGCCGGCUCUCUAUGUGACGCCGGAACCGGCUUCGAUUCCGCGGAAUUCUUCCCCGAAUCCGUCCUCGCCUUCGCCGUAUGUCGUCAACCACAAGAGACGCGGUGGGGGUGAGAAUUGUAGGCGGAGAGUUGAAAAGUAUGAUGCUCAGGAUCUGACCCCCAGAAAAGACGGAAAUGAUUUGAAUUUGGAGGAGGGGGUGGUGGACAGUUUUGUAAAUGAGAGCGAGGGUUCGAAGGCGGACAACGAUGGUGAAUAUGAUGAUGAGGGAUUUUUCGAUCCGAGGAUUGACCGGUUGAGCGUGGGGAGUUUUGACGAGGUAAGUGAUUGUGAAGGAAGGCAAAUCGAAAGCCGGAGCUUUGAGUCUGCUCAAGGGGUAUUUUUCGAUGCAAAUGAUGAAUUCUCCACCAGUUCUUCAAGCGGGUCUUCUCAUGGUCUUAGAAGUGCAGCAGACUUGCAUGCCACACAGCUCAGUCUUAUUGAGGAAAUCGAAAGGCGAAAGACUGCAGAGGAAAAUCUUAAGUUGAUGUGCUAUCAGUGGGAGAGAAUCAGUAAUCUUAUAUCUCAGGCAGGGUUAACAUUUCCUGCACCUCCAACUGUUAGUGAUAGUAUGCAGCUCGGGGACAAUUCUAUGGAUCAGUUCUCCCAAGAAGUUAUCAUUGCUAGGUUUGUGGCUGAAGCAGUAGGUAGAGGUGAGGCAAGUGCUGCAGCUGAACUUGCUGCUAACGCAAUCCUUGAAUCCAAAGAUCAGGAGAUCUCACGAUUACAAGACAAACUGCUGUAUUAUGAGACAGUGAAUCAUGAGAUGUCCCAGAGAAAUCUUGUUGAAGUUGCACGGAGGCAACAACAAAGGAAAAGAAGUCCUCGUCGGUUGUUGUGGAGUUGUUUGGGACUGUCCAUUACCGUUGGGGCUUCACUGAUUGCUUAUUCAUACAUUCCAGAUACAACUAGUGUUUUGGUUAGAGCUAAGGGCCCAGGGAGCUUUACAUCAUUUAGCAAAAAAAGCGAUACGUAA